AUGCGCUGUGAAAACAGGUUUACUUCCUGUCAAGAUGGCGGUGAGCAGCGGGUUUGCUGCCCUGUGGAGGACAAGCAGCUUUAAGUUACCGCUGAACCCUCUCCUGUUCCCGUCUGCGGCCCGAGCACAAAGCUCUGUAAGCGGUGGCCUGCUGCCUCAGACCUCGCUGUCCAGACCUCCUUGGGCGGAGCACACUAGCAUACUGCCAGCGGAGGAGGAGCGCAGCAGACAUGCCGCCGUGGUGAGCACCGUGAACGAGCGGAUCCAGAGGCAGGACUUCGGCCGACUGUUCGCUGUGGUGCAUUUCGCAAGUCGCCAGUGGAAGGUCACUAACGAAGACCUGAUCCUGAUCGAGAACCACAUCGAGGCAGAGUGCGGAGAUCGGAUCUACUUGGAGAAAGUGCUCCUCGUUGGGGCGGAGGACUUCACUCUUGUCGGUAGGCCUCUCCUCGGGAAGGAGUUGACGAGGGUCAAAGCCACUGUGAUCGAAAAGACCGAAUCUUGGCCCAAAGUUCACAUGGUGUUCUGGAAAAGACACCGGUUCCAGCGCAAGAAGAUCAUCGUGCAGCCACAAACUGUCCUGAGAAUCAACAGCAUCGAGCUGUACCCCCGGCUGUCAUGAUCCAGACGGGGUUAUUUCAGACCGACUGUUCCCAAUGAGACUGUCAGUGGACCUUUUCUGGAUGUGUUGUAACUGAAACAAACCUGGAAUGUUCCGAGCAUGGAUGGUUCAGUGGGCUGACGCAUGUAAACAAACUUUAGCAAGGCAGGAAUUGUUUAUAUGGUAUAUUAAAAGUUGCCCUUUCUGGAUGCAAUCAAAAAUCUGGUCUAUUUUCUAAGUUUAAAACUGUGAUAGCUGACACUACAUAAAGCUUCAUAUUCA